AUUGAGGAGUAACCGGUACGACACUCAGUAACCUCACGAUGUUGGCAAUCAUUUGGAAGUACGAAAACAAAAAUGUCAAUAUGAUUUGUUGGUAAAUUGUGCAGAAAAGGUAGAUUUUUGUUGUCGCUCCGGUUUUGAGUGAUUUCUUGUAUUAAAAAAUUUAAAUUCUAGUGGAUUUCUACACAAAAUAGUUUUAUGAAUUUAUAAAAGUCCAAAAUUUAUGUGUUUUAAUUUUAUUUGGACAUAAUUUCAAUCUAUAUCUGUGAAUUCUCCGUGACUGUAGAUUAAAUCAAUUCUGACACGCAAUACAAAUCCACCAACACAAUAAUCUAUGCAUUGUAGAGUGGGUAAAUGAAAAAGGCUAAAAGCUACUGACGUGUCGCUGUAACCAAACUUAAAAAAUUCUUAAGGAAAAAAUGCGACGUCGUCAGGAAUCGAAUGGAACAGCAGCAGACGACACAGACAAGCAACACUUGCUUAUCGAGUCUCCGCCAUCAGAUUCUCCUUUAAAUGCUAGCGAUGAAGUACAUGAGAAAACCGACAUACGCGGCGAUCGUGGUAAUAUCGCAAUACUUUUCUUCCUGUAUGUCAUGCAAGGCAUACCAUUGGGUCUGAUCGCCGCUGUACCCAUGCUAUUGCAAAAUCGUGGUGCAAGUUAUAAGCAACAAGCUGAAUUCUCCUUCGCAUAUUGGCCCUUCAGUAUGAAACUCUUAUGGGCGCCGAUCGUUGACUCUGUUUAUAUACGAAGAUUUGGUAGACGAAAAUCCUGGCUGGUUCCAUCUCAAUACCUCAUAGGUAUAUUCAUGCUGUUCUUAUCAUGGCAGGUCGACCGAUGGUUAGGUGGUAACGGCACUGAGCCAAAUGUACCAUUCUUAACAAUGUUAUUCUUUUUAUUGAAUUUUCUGGCUGCUACACAGGAUAUUGCGGUAGACGGUUGGGCGCUCACCAUGUUAAAACGGUGUAAUGUCGGUUAUGCGUCUACAUGCAAUAGUGUAGGUCAAACCGCAGGUUACUUUCUCGGUUAUGUGGUUUUUAUAGCGCUGGAAUCAAAAGAUUUUUGUAACAGUUAUCUACGCACCGAACAGCUAGACAAAGGACUCGUGACCUUGCCGGAAUUUUUAUGGUUUUGGGGAGUAUGUUUUAUGGUGGUUACCACGUUGGUUGCUAUUUUCAAAAAAGAAAAUGAUGUACAAGAUGCACACACAGCUGCACGUUACACUGAUGAACAUGAGUUAAAUCUGCGUGAGAGCUACAAAGUUCUCUUCGAUAUGGUACGCAUGCGCCCAAUACAAAUUUUAGCUGUAAUUUUGUUAACUGUUAAAGUCACAUUUGCGGCAAGUGAUGCAGUAACUUCGUUGAAAUUAAUCGACGCUGGUGUGCCGAAAGAAAAAUUGGCUUUGCUCGUUGUACCCAUAAUACCAUUACAAAUCGUGUUGCCACUAGUUGUCAGCCGUUAUACACACGGACCGCGUCCAAUGGAAGUAUACGUUAAGGCUAUACCAUAUCGUAUUGUAUUUAGCGCCGCAGCUGCAGUCAUAACGUAUUGCACGCCAUAUAUGAUUCAAGAUGGUCAUGUGCCCAUCUACUACUAUGUACUGCUAAUAGUUAACUAUGCAUUGUACCAGGUAUUCCUCUACUGCAUGUUCGUUGCUGUGAUGGCAUUCUUUGCAAAAAUAUCCGAUCCUGCUGUCGGUGGUACAUACAUGACCUUCUUGAACACACUUUCAAAUCUGGGAGGAAAUUGGCCAAACACAGUUGUCUUGUGGCUAGUGGAUGUGUUGACCUGGAAAGAGUGUACUCAUGUGAACCCCGAAGUGGCAGCACAAAACAGUUGUUUAACAAAUAAGCAAAAAGCGGAAUGUGAGGCUGCAGGCGGCGAAUGUCAAAUCGUGUUCGAUGGAUAUUAUAUUGAAUCCAUAAUAUGCAUAAUAUAUGGUAUUGUGUGGCUUCUACUAGUCCGACGCUGGAUAAAAUAUUUACAGAGUCUGCCAACGCGUAAUUGGAUGGUGGUUAAGAAGCCUAAGGGCAAGAAAAGAUAGCAAUUCGUUGUAUGACAUGAGGAAGACGACGCACGUAGGGACUUGUUAGAUCCGUUGAUGUUUGAUGCCGAGGAAGAGUUUGACAUUAACAUUAAAAACGUGCAAGAAAAUAAUGUUUCGCUGAUUUAAAAAUCAAUUUGUUAUUACCAUUUAAUUAGUAUUGGUUUAGUAUGUUGAAUCAACUCUAUUAUUUAUAUAUUCCAAAUGAUGCGCUUUUAUACGUAUAUACAUACAUUAAUGAAAAUGUAGUGCAAUUGAAUUCCUAGCUGUAAGAUAUUUGACUUAUUCACUAAUAAAACACACAUGUCAAUAUUAUUUGUUGCUUUUAAGACUUCUUGGUACCUAUGGCACAAAUCGUGCGCAUGUUUGUAACAAAAAAAAAAAUUUAACAAUGGUUUUAGUUUUAGUAAUUUGCUAAAAUUUAAGUAAUGAAAUUAUUGCGAAUGUGUUGAGAGUAUGUUAGCGUAUAAGAAAAUUCCCGCAUUUGUUUUUCUACUUGUAGUAUUUGUAAAUUUUUAAAGAUUUUGAGAAAUAAAGUAUAAACUUCCAGUUGCAGCCC